CGAGACACUCAGAGACAUGACGCCAUUCCACUUCUUCUCUCAUCUCUUUGCCGCUCUCUGCACUCUCGCGGCACCAACACAUGACUCCCAGGCGCUGCUCAACGGUCUCCCCUCUCCCCCGUUCACACCAAGUGACCCGUCGAGUAUACCCCAACUCCCACAGACAGAAAAUACAACCGUACUCAUCCUCGGCGGUGGGCUAGCGGGCUUAUCAGCAGCACACGCCCUCGCCACGGAAUACAACAUCACCGACUACCUGAUCGUCGAAGCCCAGCGUUUUCUCGGGGGGAGGCUGCACUCCGUCCCCUUCGGGCUCGAUCAGGCAACAGGCAAACCAUACCUCGUCGAAGCAGGCGCCAACUGGGUACACGGGGUCGAGAACCCAAGCACGGGGCUCGUAAACCCUAUAUGGACACUCGUUCGCCAGCUCGGGCUGAACGCCACUCCCAGCGCCUCGGGCUUGGUGCCGGAGGCGUUUGAUCGUCAGGGAAGGGUGGACGUGAGCCGGGUAUGGGAGGAAUGGGAGAAGGCGUGGGAGAAGUUCCUCUUGCUGGGGAGGGAGAGGCAGGCGAGAGGAGAUGGGGAUAUGACUGCUCGUGCUGGGCUAAGGAUCGCAGGCUGGACACCGGGGGAUCAUAUUCGUCGCAGCGUCGAGUUCUGGAACUUUGAUAUGGAGAGCCAGCAGAACCCGGAUGAGAGUUCCUGGUUCGAGAUCGCUAAUAACCACUAUCAUACAUACCACGGUUUCUCAGACGAAGAAUACCUGAUCCACGAUCCCAGGGGGUUCGUAGCCAUCGCUACCGAGCCGUAUUUCUCCCUCCCUGCCGAACGCCGCGGGCGGCUGUUGCUCGGCGAGCCUGUGAGAGAACUGCAUUAUUCUGACCAAGGAGUGGAGGCCGUGCUUGACGGGAAGAGGGUACGUGCGGAGUACGCGAUAUGUACCUUUUCCGUAGGGGUGUUACAGUCCAAAGCGGUGACGUUCCAUCCCCCGCUCCCGCGCUGGAAAUCCGAUGCCAUAGACGGGUUCUCCAUGUCGACAUACACGAAGAUCUUCCUCCAGUUCUCGAGUAAGUUCUGGGCGGAAUCCGAGUUUCAGCUAUAUGCUUCCCCGAGGAGGGGGUAUUAUGCCCAGUUCCAGUCGCUUGACGUGCCGGGCUUUCUGGAGGGGAGUAGGAUACUGUUUACUACUCUGACGGAUGAGGAGAGCGUGAGGGUCGAGGGGAUGAGAGAUGAGGAGGUCAAGCAGGAGGUGCUGGAGGUGUUAAGGGAGAUGUACGGCGCAGAGAACGUCAGCGAGUGCACGGCGUUCUACUUCCACAGGUGGCACGCCAACCCUUACACAAGAGGGUCAUACAGCAACUGGCCAGCUUCCUACCUCCCCGCAGCGCAGACCAACCUCCGCGCGGCGCUCUCCGCCCGCCUGCUCUUUGCGGGCGAAGCGACGUCUUACGAGUAUCUUGGGUACUUGCAGGGCGCUUGGACUGAGGGGAGGAAGGCGGCCCAGGGAGUGGCGAGGUGCCUCUUGAGUGAGGGGGAGAGGGGAUGCUUGAAGCAGGAUUGGUGGGAACAGAUCACGGCUGGACAGGGUGGGGGCCGGCAGUGGCAGAAGAAGGAGGUGGGAGAGGGAUGAGGGAUGAGCUGAUCUGGAGGUGGAGGGUGACGCAUGUUGCGG